AGAUUGAAGUGACUGACUCAAUCUUUAUUGAUCCAAUAAAAUUGGGACGAUACAGAGAAUAAAAAAAAAAAAACAUAUAGCAAUGUACAAAUUAUAGGACGUAAUGUUUCUUUUGAUAAUAAAAACCCGUUUUCUGUAUCCAAUUUGGUCACCACCAAUUUAUUACUUUCUAGCUUGACCUAAGUUUUUUCAGCAAAUCAUGGAUGAUCUCUCUAUACACAAGAUUCAAAUCUCCGGCACUACUUUAGCCUCUAUCCUCCACCGUCUUUUCUCAUCCCCGGGCGACAUCCACGGUCUAUUAUUCGGCCACGUGUCAUUCUCCACCACCACCCCUCUUUCCGACGACCCCGCCACUGCCUCCGCCGCCGUAACCACCGCCUCUGAUGACGGCCCAAUUCUUACCGCCACUAUCACCGAUUUUCUCUCUGUCCCUUCCCACUUUCCCCUCCCUUUACAGCAGCAUGAUGAUCCUUCCGCCGCCGUUCUUGGUUGGUUUUCCGGUCGCCGAAAAACCCCUUUAAGACCCUCUUUAAAGGAUUUUACAACUACCCUUUCUUUAACUUCCUCUGCUUCUCACUCUUUUACCCCUCAAAAUGCUCCGUAUUUACUUUCUCUGCCCCCCUCUUUGUUCCUUCUAUUAACGACGCCGUUUCAUGAACAGCUGAUACACACCCACGAGUACAAAGCUUUUCAGUACCGUAUUUCCACUGAUUCAUUCGACCCCAAAAGUUUAGAUAUUAUCAACAUUGGUCCAUCUUUUCGAUCCCAUUAUGGUUCUUUUAGUCCUAUUUCACCAUUUCCUUUAAUUUCAUGUGACUUAAGGGGUCCAAAUGCAAUGGCUGAGGAUGAAAAGGUGGAAUCUUUGGUGAGUAUUAAAAGGGGUUUGAAGGAUCAGAAGGAGUUGGAUUUGUGUGCUGAAGGAUUUGAGAUUGCGAGAUUGAACAAGUUGAUGGGCUCUGAUGCUUCAAAUUAUACUGCUGAAUUGGAGCAUUUGUAUGAUAAAAUGCUUGUUAAGCUUGAUAGUUUGGCUAGAUUGGUGGAAGCCAGUUCCGCUAAGGUUCUUGAGCAGGAAAACCACAAUAUGAAGUUGAGGUACAAAGUUGCUGGCUUGGAAUAAAUUCUGAAGAUUCAGGUGGCAUUUCUCCUUUUGUAAGAUCACUGGAUGGCGAGGACAACUGCUGAUGAAGCUUUGCAGCUUGAUGUAUGAGAUUAAAUGAUAGAAUUGCUGCUUACUGCGGGUGUGCAUUUUCGUUGAACAGAUUUGAAGAUGUCCUCUUCGUUCUGCCAUUCCCGAAUGUAUACUAGCUAUGUAUGUCUAACCUUGGUUUAUUACCAAAAAAAGACUGCCUUUCUUGUUCAUAUUCUCUAGCUGGUUAAAAAAUUCGUUUGCUUUGGAUUGAAUCUCCGAGACGUGUGGCUUGGACUUUUUCGUCUAUAUACACUUGUAUUGUGAAGAACUUUGUUUUUGUCCAUUUUGGCGCAAAGAGCAAUUGGUAGGGUAAAUAUUGGAUGCGGGAAAGAUUUUAUCCAGAAGUGGGAUGGCACUGAGGGAGGACUUCAAAAUUAAGUAACUUCCUGCACAGUCCCACCUCCAUCCCGGUCCAUUGCCAUUCCUAAUAUUUCGACUUGGCAAAUUUUAGAAGGAUUAGUAGAGUUAAAGGACUAGAAUUUUUGCUGCAUUAGUUUUCCAUCGGAUUAUUUUUAUUUGAACAUAGUGAUAUCAAAUAUUGAAUUGUUAGCUUUUUCA